GCCGCGGUUCUACGUUGGCGAGCUAGCAGAAGAUUCGAACUCCUCUUCGACAGAUACUGAAAUGGACUAUAGGAAAGAUAUUAGAUUAUGAGGUCGGAGCUUAUGAAGGCCCAUGCAUUUGAAUCUUCAAAGCUGUACUAUUCGUUUAAGGUGGCAUCCAACGUUGUCAUACUCGGCUUGGCAAUCGCGGCAGUUGUGUUCCUGAAUGGCAUGCCUGGUGCGAUCAUAGGCGGUGUUUUGUUAGCUCUUUUCUGGCAGCAGUGUGGUUGGCUCGCUCACGAUUUCCUUCACCACCAAGUAUUUAAAAACCGUAUGUACAACAACUUGGCUGGGCUCAUCAUCGGCAACGUAUGUCAGGGGUUCUCUACUUCUUGGUGGAAGAUGAAGCAUAACCAUCACCAUGCCUCACCGAACGUGGUACACACCCAAGCUGGUGGGGAUCCAGAUAUCUUAACAAUGCCGUCGCUGUUGUGGUCAGAGAAGAUCAUCGAAGGCGACUCUGAAGACCUCAAGGACCAUCCCAGGUUCAUGGUUCGGCACCAGAAAUUCUUUUACUUGCCACUAAUGGCUGCUGCGCGGAUGUCAUGGUUACUACAAUCGCUGCUGUUUCAGUUCGAGCCGCUGCACAAGUACCUGGGUGGAUUGGCGAUGAAGAUCUCAGAGAUUACCACCUUGGUAAUUCAUUAUCUGGCAGUGAUAUACAUCACAUCGCUGCUAGAAACUAAUUCUUCUCGCGCCGUCUUUCUACUUGUAUGUCAGUCACUUGGUGGCCUAUUCAUUGCAGUAGUGUUCACUGUCGGUCAUAACGCAAUGGAAGUCUUUACGAGUGAGGAGAUGAAGGGCACCGACUUCGUCCGCCUCCAGGUUCGCUCUACGCGUGAUAUCACACCCACAGUCUUUAACAUGUGGUUCAGCGGUGGUCUUGCAUACCAGGUGGAGCAUCAUGUAUGGCCCACACUGCCGCGCCACAGUUUACCACUGGCAUCCAAGAUUCUCAAGCGAUUUUGUGCCAAGUACAAUAUUCCUUACGCUGUCGAAGGACUAAUCAAAGGGAACCUAGCAGUUUGCAAAGCUCUGUCGGAUGUAGGAAAAGAGUUUUAGAAUAAACAAUGUGAUAGAAAUUUGAGUACUUCUUAGGUUUAUUGCACCAUUUUAAAUAGAUUAGAGAACGCAAAAAAAAAACCGUCAGGCAAAAUUGAAUAACUUAACAGCCUCCAGGAUACAAACAACUGAGCGAAGAACACGUAUUUUAUUAUUGAAGCAUAGUGCGGUAAUUAUUUGGUGUCCUGUACAGUCCAUGUUGUGUUGGUGUUAGAGAGGAGAAAGCUAACUCGAAAGUAAUUUGGCGUGCUUGAAACAAGCCCAAGUAUUUUCCCUCUGAGCAUCAGCCCUAGAAGGAAAUAAUGCACCACACGAGGUAACCCGGCCCGACGGUGCUCUAAUCCGCAGGUCGUUGGUUCGAACCCGAAGAGUACAGAAAAUUUUUCUCUACCUCGAGAAGUUCCCCCAUUUCCUUUUGAAGAUUUUUAAACUACAUGUAGUUCAAUGAAUUAUAAGACAGCCAAAAAAAUGUAUUUUAUGCCGAUCGCCGAACCGUGAAACUGUCUGUUUUGGUUUUAAAGUCGCGAUCAUAUUACCCCUUCACGUUUUCUCGUCUCGCGGCUUCGCCGCUCGAUUUCGCGCUCGCGGCGUUGCGCUCCAACGUGAGCCUGCUCGCAGGCUUUUCAAGACAGGGAAAUUGGAUUUUAAUUAAAAAUUAGAUCUUUGUGAGCUCGAGACUUCUAUAAGCUCGCGAUUUACUGUUUGGUUAACUCGAUCGGAGGUGAUUAGCAAAGUGUUAUCUAGUCCGCUAGUUAUUGACCUCUCCGCUCCCGGUAAAAUCCACCACUUUUCACCUCCACCUCGGUGAAUAAUUGUUAAAUAUCGAGAACAUCGGAGGCAAAGUACCUUGCUGGGCGAUAGACUAGGAAUGAUAUAGUUAAAGAUGUCAGAAAAUCGGGAACUUUACUGAAACGUUGACUGGAUGCUUAGUAAAUUUAUGUACAAAGUAUGUUUGUUAUUUUAAUUCGUUUUCAUUCACCACUUUAAACUCAAGAAAAGUUCAAAAUAAUACUUUCCUAAGGUAGACUGAACAAAAGAAAACAAACAAUAAACAAGGAUGGCGGAUUGCGGUUAACAAAGUUGAAAAAAUUGGCCAAUUUUUUUCAAGGUGUGCGGAUUACCGUUUCCUCUCCAUUACCUUCGGGCGGAAUAAUUUUUCAAAAAAAAUCCAUCUAACGAUCUCUGCAUCUGAUCUGUAAAAAGACGGGACGAACUGAGCGCGAACGAGCUACUUUCAAAAUAAAAGCACCGAACAAAGAAGAAACCUUAAGUAAUGACGUCGACCUGGUCCUUAAAUAUUUAUUCUUCAGAACUCUAAAUUGCGCUUUGAGAUAUUCAGAAUGAUCAAAGUUGAGUUGAAUUAUUGCUAUAUGCUCAAAUGAACACAGGAAUCACCAGCCACCGGAUAUUUAGAAUAUCACUGCAAACCAAAAUUCGAACACUAAGCUGUUAUUUUAAUUGCCCCCAGUUGCUUUGCGCGUUUUGGUUUUUAUUUCCUCUUUGUCUACGCAAAAGAUGAGACCGCCUUACUAAACAAUUAACGAGCAUAGCUUUCCACCCAAACGCAAUAUUAACAUCCGCCUACUCUUGGGGCGCGUUACGCAAUCUUUCCUGAGGAGAACAAUAAGAACAUUAGGCUAUGUGCCUGGCUCAUAACCUUGACUUUGUUCCCAAUACGAAACCUAUUUAGUCUACUCCCUUUCAAGACAUUUGAACGAAGAGGUGUCAAUUCCACAAAGGGCCUUAAUUCAAAUGUUUGAUCACGUCGUUUAAUGAAGGCGUACUUUUGCAAAAUGUAAGACGUGAACCUAUAACCUA